UUUUGCUUUAGUGACUUUUUUUGGAUUUUGUUGGUGGUGAAAACUGAUUUUUGUCAGAAAACUUACUUACUGCACAUAUUAAACAAGGAAAAAAAAUAUUUAAAGCAAUGAAAAUAUCAUUAGAAUUAGAAAGCCACGCCUCUCCUGCCAUAAAGCCACGCCUCUCCUGCCAUAAAGCCACGCCUCUCCUGUCAGAGAGCCACACCUCCAGGCGUCCAGGGAGUGAAAGCUGCUUCUUGCUGAUGAAACAGUCACACAGCUUUACGUUCACACUGGAUUUUCUUUGAGGCACGAUGUUUCCCAGGCUGUUGUCUGUCAACACUAACGUUUUCAAAUGUUUGCAGUCUCUUCAAAGCUGUGCAGCAGCAGCACGAGGGUUUGGCUCUGCUUCUCUUGAUUCGGUGGCUUUAAAAGGGCGCAGCUGUCUGACCCUGAAAGACUUCAGCUCAGAUGAAAUCAAGCGGCUGCUGUGGGUGUCAGCAGACCUCAAGCAUCGCAUCAAGCAUGAAAAACAGUAUCUGCCUCUUCUGCAAGGAAAGUCGAUUGCUAUGAUAUUUGAGAAGAGGAGCACCAGAACAAGAAUGUCCACAGAAACAGGUUUUGCUUUGCUUGGUGGACAUCCCUGCUUCCUCACCUCACAGGACAUCCAUCUGGGAGUGAAUGAAAGCUGCACAGACACAGCUAGGGUGCUCUCAGGACUCUGUGAUAUUGUCUUGGCCAGAGUGUACAGCCACUUGACACUGGAGGAGCUGGAAAAGGAGGCUUCCAUCCCCAUCAUCAACGGUCUGUCUGACCUCUAUCACCCCAUCCAGAUUCUGGCUGACUUCCUCACUUUACAAGAGCAUUAUGGAUCUCUGACUGGACUGACAGUGAGCUGGAUUGGAGAUGGGAACAAUGUCCUCCACUCCUUUAUGAUGACUGCAGCCAAACUGGGAGUUCAUCUCAGGAUUGCUACGCCAAAGGGGUACGAGCCAGAACAGAGUAUUAUUCAUGAGGCACAAAAACUCUCCAAGCAGCAUGGGACCCAGCUUGUUCUGACCUCUGAUCCAAUGGAGGCCGCCCACGGCAGCAACGUUUUGGUCACUGAUACCUGGGUCAGCAUGGGACAGGAAGACGAGAAGAAAAAGAGGCUCGAAGACUUCAAAGGUUACCAGAUUACUAUGCAGACUGGAAGCGUGGCCAAACCAGACUGGACCUUCCUGCACUGUCUCCCUCGGAAAAUGGAGGAGGUGGAUGAUCAGGUGUUCUACUCAUCCCGCUCCCUCGUCUUCCCUGAGGCUGAGAACAGGAAGUGGACCAUCAUGGGUCUAAUGGUUUCUCUUCUGACGGACUACGCUCCACAGAUGCCUGUGAUGAAGUUUUAACUUCAGGUGUUUAAAACACUCAGUGUCAUCCAUCCAGAUUAAAGUGCACUUACCCAAAAUGUUUGUUGAUGAGCUCCAACAAAACCUGUCCAGGUAGAAGGCCACAAGCAGAUUUAUAGAAGGGGGAACAGGACUGUAGUGGUCCAGUAUAGAGGGCUGUUUGUGGGUUUUUAAGGCUGAUAAUGAUUAUUAGUGAGAUAUUCAUUUGCAGUAAAUGAAAGUAUUUAAAAUCUUGGAGUUAAACUUGGAAGAACACAAACUAACAGAAAACUUUGUUUUUGUAUCAACAAAAUCUUGUAAAAUUUUGUAUUUUAUUGGUGACGUAUGACCAAUCAAAUCCGUCCAGAAGACAGAGCGACCACAGCCAGAUAAAGGAUCAGAGCCAAAGUAGCGCCUUUUUAAAUCAGAUACUGAUAAUCAGAAAAUGGGCUGCAUUUAUCACUAUCAUUGCAUACUAACUCUUGAUAUACGUCGUCGUACGGUGCUUUGGACAAAAGCGUCUGCUAAAUGAAAUUGUAGAAUAUAGCACGCUGUGAUAGAAUGGUCAGCUAUGAACAGAGCAGUGUAGGACCGUUUGUUUCAAGCUAAUCAUUGACCAUCUGAGACAUGGCCUUCCAUGAUAGAUUUUACUUGUCCUCAUCAAAGAGUGAAACCUGAAAUGUUUGGAGGGCAAAUCCACAAUUCUUCUUGUGUACAAAUAGCCUCAUAAAUACGUUUUCUACAACAGAUUUGACAAACAUUUUUGAUACAGAUGAAGGCCUGUGAUCACUUACAGUCAGAGAACCCCUCUAUAAUUAUAUAGAGGGGUUCUCUGACCAGGAAUAACUACAGAAAACACUGUAAUGUUCAGGUCACAACAAAAAAAUCUAAACCUAUCCUUUAAAAUAUUUUACAGAUGUUGAACUAAUGAAACUCUGUAAGGAAAUUGAAAAGGUUUCAUUUGAUUCAUGUUUUGAUGUAGCAACUAGCACAUCUAGACAAAAAAUAACAGCAGUUAUAGUUGAUGAGGUUUACAUUCAACUUGAAGCACCAUCUUCAAAACUUCAGUUGUUUCCCUGCAGUGGACAGAAAUGUCUUUAAUGCUUAGAAGAGAAAUGCUUUCAGAACAACAGUAAUCGUUUCCAAAUGAGGUUAUUUUUCUUUUUUUAAAAAAGAGAAAUGUGACAAAGUAAAGCUCCAAACCCU